AUGGAGGCCGCGGCAGAGGCGCUGCAGCUAGAGGCAGCUGACGCCCCCAAGCUUGAGCGCGUCCGGGUGGCUGUGCGCGCCACACAGGCUGAGGUGUAUAGGGACCUCGCGUCGGACAUUGUUGAAAGUGUAAUGGAGGGUUUUAAUGGCACAAUAUUUGCCUACGGGCAAACUGGAACUGGCAAAACCUACACAAUGUUUGGAGGCGAGGGAGAAGAAAAAGGAAUAACCCCGAGGGCCUUUUCAGCUAUUUUCAACAGCAUUCAAGAAGCCUCCGACAUGACGUUUCUGGUGCGGGCCUCUUUUCUUGAGUUGUACAACGAGGAGACUCUGAUGCUAAACUAA